GGCGGAGACGCUCCGCAGCUCUAUAAAUCCCAACGCGGACACGGUGGAGGAAGCAGGAAUGAAAAACAAUAGAAACCUUCACAAAGACCUCGCAUCUAGACGCGCUUAUAUUCUUUUGAUAUUUUCCUACACUUAACAUAAGGUUUUUGGUCAAGAAAAAUGGCCACUUCAACAAGUUCAAAACUGAACAAAGCUGUUAAGCAGCAGUACAUGGACCUCCCUCAGGGGGACAAGGUCCAAGCAAUGUACAUCUGGAUUGACGGUACCGGAGAGGGACUGCGAUGCAAGACCAGAACUUUGGAUAGUGAACCCAAGACGAUUGAGGAUCUUCCUGAGUGGAACUUUGACGGCUCCAGCACUUACCAGUCAGAGGGGUCCAACAGCGACAUGUUCCUGAUCCCUGCCGCCAUGUUCAGGGACCCGUUCAGGAAAGACCCCAACAAGCUGGUGCUCUGUGAGGUGCUCAAGUACAACCGCAAACCAGCAGAGACCAAUCUGCGGCACACGUGUAAACGGAUCAUGAACAUGGUGGAGAACAACCACCCGUGGUUCGGCAUGGAGCAGGAGUACACUCUGCUGGGCACGGAUGGACAUCCCUUUGGCUGGCCCUCCAACGGCUUCCCAGGUCCCCAAGGGCCUUAUUACUGUGGAGUGGGAGCAGACAAGGCAUAUGGACGAGACGUAGUGGAGGCCCACUACAGAGCCUGUCUGUACGCCGGGGUCGACAUCUGUGGCACCAAUGCUGAGGUCAUGCCAGCUCAGUGGGAGUUCCAGGUCGGGCCGAGUGAAGGUAUCAACAUGGGGGACCAUCUGUGGAUCGCUCGCUUUAUCCUUCACAGAGUCUGUGAAGAUUUCGGUGUGAUUGUCUCCUUUGACCCCAAACCAAUCACAGGAAACUGGAACGGUGCUGGCUGCCACACCAACUUCAGCACUAAGGAGAUGCGGGAAGAUGGUGGACUGAAAAUCAUUGAGGAGUCGAUCGAACGGCUGGCGAAGAGACACAGCUAUCACAUCCGAGCCUACGAUCCCAAAGGAGGGCUGGACAACGCCAGACGCCUCACCGGCCGCCACGAAACCUCCAGCAUCGACGAGUUCUCGGCCGGCGUGGCCAACCGCGGCGCCAGCAUCCGCAUCCCUCGCUCGGUGGGGCAGGACAAGAAGGGCUACUUCGAGGACCGUCGUCCGUCUGCCAACUGCGACCCGUACAUCGUCACGGAGGCGUUAGUGCGCACGUGUUUACUCAAAGAAGAGGGAGACGAGCCCACAGAUUACAGCAAAUGAACAAGUCAUUUCUAGGACUAUAUUUAGUCAGGUCUAUUUUAAGACUUUAUGGAGUAAUGGUUACCAUUUAACAUGUUUUUUACUUGACAGAUGACAUAAUAAUUGUUGUAUUUCUGCAUUUUUUUGUGCAUUUGAUCUUUGUCUCUAUCUGUGGCCAACACAUUUAAUCACAGUAACUGAUAACUUGUAUAAAACUACAUUGUUGUGAUGUGUCUAACUCGUACUAAUAUAGUGCUGUAGACCUUGUAACUCUACAGACCCAAAGGAUCCCAAAGACAUUUGAAUGUUUUUGAUAGCGUUGGCCUCCAUCACAAUAAUGGUUUUAUCAUUUUUAUGAAUCAUGUCAUUAUAGUAUGUAAGCCAAUCCACUUUUGUAUGGGUUUUUUUAAUAAUGCAUGUCUGUUUUGUCUAUUUUUUCACUUGUAAUUGUAAAAAAUUAAAAAUAAACCACUGACAUUUUUAAAUCUGA